GCAGCCAAGAUGAUUAGUAACGCAUCAAUGAUAGCCACCGGCAUAGUCGGCUUCACAUCGAUCACCACUAUUCUUUCUGUCAUUUGGAUCGGUUACCUUAUCGUCGAUAUCAACAAUUUUUACGAUGAUGCCAUAGAGGAGUUGUCAGACUUUAGGGAAAUGGCAAACUAUGCGUGGAAGGAGAUGCGACCCUGGUAUGUAUCGCGAAGGGAGCGAAGAAGGGUAUUAUCUGGAAUGACAGGAUCAAUCGAAACAGCUGAUGCAGCAACUGAAAUAGGCCGUUCACGUCGACAAUGGCCAGCACACUGUAAUUGUGGACAGGCACCAAAAUAUUGUCCACCCGGUCCGCCUGGUCCACCUGGGCCUAAAGGACCAGACGGGGAACCAGGAUUGCCUGGUCUUCCUGGCCAACGCGGAGUUGACGGAAUUCAAAUCAGUUUCGGUGGCGGAGCAGGGGGAUGCAUCAAAUGUCCUAUGGGACCACAAGGACCUCCAGGACCGGACGGACCAAUGGGACCACCAGGACCACAAGGGCCACCUGGACAAUGCGGAAGAUCUGGUACUCAAGGGCCUCCGGGACCUAUGGGUCCACCUGGCGACUGCGGACCUGCUGGAUUGCCCGGGCCAGCUGGUCCUCCAGGACAGCCAGGCGCCAAUGCAGAGCGUAAAAUUGGCACUCCUGGACCAUGUGGUCCCCCAGGUCCACCAGGUCCGCCAGGACCAUGUGGACCGCCUGGUCAUGUCACGCCUGGUCCACCCGGUCCACCAGGUCCACAAGGUCCACCGGGUAAUAUGGGAAGACCUGGACCGCCUGGACCAAAGGGGCCUCCCGGAAUGCCUGGUGUGCCAGGAAAAGACGCCCAAUAUUGUCCGUGUCCGCCACGCUCUGGAUAUUCACCUCCAUUUGCUGGCAGAUCUAUACAGAUGGCGGCUUCACCCUCUGUAAAGAUCGAAACGCCCACCGUACAACAAGAAAUCCCAUUUGAUGAUAUGCGCACUCGCUUUAGAAGUCGCAUAAUGACAUUCAAUACCAGAACAAUCAGAGAUCCUCCGCCAGAGCAAACACCACAGCAAACGGCACAGCAAACCACCAACAGCGUUGUCUCGGGAAGUUUGCAUGACGGAAGCGUCCGCAUAGUGAAAUCGCAUUAA